AUGGACCCCAGCGCCAUCGACCAGACCCCUCUCUCCUCCUCCCCCACCGAGCGUCGUGAUUCGCUCGAGAAACAUCUCCAGCAUCGCCCGGAUGUCCAGGACCUGAAAGAACGACACAUUCUCCUGGACACCACUGUGGCUCCAUCCCUCCAAGCCGCCCACCAGGAGCUCGCCCGCCAGCGCACGGCCGACGACCUGAAGAAGCACCUCGAGCACCGACCCGACCGCGAGGAACUCGUUGAGCGCAACAUCCUCCCCUCGUCGACCGCCGCCCCCGCUUUGCAAGCCAACGCCCGCGAGCUGGAGAAACACAUGCUGGCCGAUCAUCUGGACCAGAAGAUCGGGUGCCGACCGGCGCCAGCUGAGCUGAUCUCGCAGGGGAUCUUGACGGAGGACGAGGAUCCGCGAUUCCCGACUGUUUAGGUGGUUUGUGGUCUGAUUGAUAUGAUUGAUGCU